AAGUGAGCGGAAAAACCGGGGGACGUUGCCGGGGUCCCGGGAAGCAGGACGGCUCGGCACUGCCGCCCUCUGCCCGCCGGGGCACCUUCCCGCCCACAGGCCGCCAUUCCCUCUGGCUGCGACCCUGGCAGUGUCCCCCAGGUCGGACAUCAGACCCUGCGGCCCCCGGUCAGCGAGACGGAAGCCCAGACUGACACUGCAGGGACACUGGGUUCUCUAGGAGCCGCCCCAGGCUUAAUGAUUGUCCAGAAGGUGGCUAUAAAGGGAGCCUGGGAGGCUGGGUGGAGGAGGGAGCAGAAACAAUCCAACUCAGCAAAAUCUGGGCACCGUGAGAGCCGCAAGCAGGAGCAGUGGUCAGAGGCUGUGCUUUCUGGCUGGUAGGGCCCGUUCUUCCCCACCAUGGCGCCCCAAGGCUAUGGCUAUCACCGCACUGUGAUCUUUUCGGCCAUGUUUGGGGGCUACAGCCUGUACUACUUCAACCGCAAGACCUUCUCCUUUGUCAUGCCAUCGUUGGUGGAAGAGAUCCCUCUGGACAAGGAUGAUUUGGGACUCAUCACCAGCAGCCAGUCGGCAGCCUAUGCCAUCAGCAAGUUUGUGAGCGGGGUGCUGUCUGACCAGAUGAGUGCCCGCUGGCUCUUCUCUUCUGGGCUUCUCCUGGUUGGCCUGGUCAACAUAGUCUUUUCCUGGAGCUCCACAGUACCUGUUUUUGCUGCUCUCUGGUUCCUUAAUGGCUUGGCACAGGGGCUGGGCUGGCCCCCAUGUGGGAAAGUCCUGCGGAAGUGGUUUGAGCCAUCUCAGUUUGGCACCUGGUGGGCCAUCCUGUCAACCAGCAUGAACCUGGCUGGAGGGCUGGGUCCAAUCCUGGCCACCAUCCUUGCCCAGAGCUACAGCUGGCGCAGCACGCUGGCCCUGUCCGGGGCACUCUGUGUGGUUGUCUCCUUCCUCUGUCUCCUGCUCAUCCACAAUGAACCCGCUGAUGUUGGACUCUGCAACCUGGACCCCACCCCUUCCAAGGGCAAGAAGGGCUCCUCGAAGGAGGAGAGUACCCUGCAGGAGCUGCUGUUGUCCCCCUACCUGUGGGUGCUGUCCACCGGCUACCUUGUGGUGUUCGGAGUAAAGACCUGCUGCACUGACUGGGGCCAGUUCUUCCUUAUCCAGGAGAAAGGACAGUCAGCCCUCGUGGGUAGCUCCUACAUGAGUGCCCUGGAGGUUGGGGGCCUUGUAGGCAGCAUCGCAGCUGGCUACCUGUCAGACCGGGCCAUGGCAAAGGCGGGGCUGUCCAUCUACGGGAACCCUCGCCAUGGCCUGUUGCUGUUCAUGAUGGCUGGCAUGACAGUGUCCAUGUAUCUCUUCCGGGUAACGGUGACCAGUGAUUCUCCCAAGGAUGUUGCUUUCUGGACUCCGGCUCUUCACCCUCUUGCUGAGCUCACAGGCUUUACGGAACGCGAGCUCUGGAUUCUGGUGUUGGGAGCUGUGUUUGGUUUCUCCUCUUAUGGUCCCAUUGCCUUGUUUGGAGUCAUAGCCAACGAGAGUGCCCCUCCCAACUUGUGUGGCACCUCCCAUGCCGUUGUGGGACUCAUGGCCAAUGUGGGUGGCUUUCUGGCUGGGCUGCCCUUUAGCACCAUUGCCAAGCACUACAGCUGGAGCACAGCCUUCUGGGUAGCUGAAGUGGUUUGUGCAGCCAGCACAGCUGCCUUCUUCCUCCUACGAAACAUCCGCACCAAGAUGGGCCGCAUGCCUAAGAAGGCUGAGUGAAGAGAGUGCAGGUUCUGGAACACCAUCCCACCUGUGGCCUGCUUGGGGGAAGAAAGGGAGGGAGGGGCUGCUUGGCUCCCACUUAACCUCUGAGUUUGUUUCUGUGCCGUAUCCCUCGCCCAGGUGGCGCUGGAAGUUAUCAGUGGCUAAUGAGGUCCCAGCGCCCCAUCCCAUGCUCUAUUUAAGGUAACCUUUGUCCUUGGACUCCAUUAGCUCCUAUUCCUGCCUUCAAACAACAGGAAACUUCUGCAGUCAGGGAGUCUCCUGCACCCUUCUUCCUCUCCUGGGCCCUGUCCUGUCCCCAUCCUACCUCAUCCCUACCUGAGGUGAGGCUGAUCCUGCAGCUGCAGGGCCCCAAAGCCCUAAGUCCUUUUAGCAGUGGGCAACUGCUAUUGCCAAUACCUCAGACUUCAGGGGAAGAGAGGAAGCCAUCACUCUCACUAAUGCCGCAGGACACAGGGGAUAUGGGUGGGAGGGCAACAUGACUUGUUACAGAAGAUUAAAACUAGAUUUGAUACUAAAUAC